AUGAAUAUUGGUGAUAAAUUUAUUACUAAAUUGUUAGAUAUGAAAUUACAAAAAGAAAAUGUAUACAGAGGUGAACGCGUGUUCUUGCCUAAUCCACGAACUAUUUAUGGUGGUGAGCUCAUGGCUCAAGCUUUAAUGGCUGCGAGUAAAACCGUUCCUAAAGAUUUCAGACCGAAUAGCCUGCACUGUUAUUUUCAUGACCGAUCAAAUGUACUUGAACCGAAUGAUUACUAUGUUACAAAACUUCGUGAUGGACGUUCAUUUUGUCAUAGAUUAGUUGAAGCUUUUCCAAUAAAUAAAAGUGAAUCGGAUUCAAUUACUCCGUAUUUUCGCAUGGAUUGUUCAUUUAAAACACCUGAGAAGGAUGCUGCAUCCUUUUUGUCUCCCAUGCCUAAUGUUCCGUAUGUUGAAAAACUCCAAGAUUUUAAUUCAUAUGUGAAAUCACUGGAUUUUGACAACUUGCCAAAUGUACCACGAACUCGGGUACUACAUUAUCAAAGUUUCGAUGCUAAUUCACCUAUUGAAACAGUAUUCUGUGAACCUGAAUAUGUUCUUGGUUUUAAGUCAAAUGUUGGUGGACAACUACACUCUUGGAUCCGUUUAAAGGAACCACCUUCCGCCUCUCUACAUUCUUAUCGUGAUGCCUUCCUAGCGUAUUUAUCGGAUGCUUUUUUGUUAUGGGUCGCUCUUACUGAACCACAUCAUGUUUUAUACUUGGUCACACUAAAUCAAAGCAUAUGGUUUCACAAUCCCGAAGUAGAGAUUAAGCCGGACGAAUGGAUUUUGAUUGGAACAAGAGCAAAUUACGUAGGUGGCGCUUUGACACUUUCAUAUGGAGACAUUUGGAAUAGAGAAGGCUGUCUCCUGGCAAGCAUGGCUCAACAAGGCUUGGUGCGGACCCAACAAAUGACACCAGUCUCAUCCUAUACAUCAAUGAGUGAACUAGCAGAACAAGCCGAGAAAUAA